AUGAUUUACACUAUUGUUAACAUUUAUUUACAACAAGAAAUUUAUUUGAUUGUUUGUUUGGGGAAUAGUUUAGAACGUAUUGGUGCGACGUUGUUCGCUAUCACGUCAACUGAGAAACCGAAUCUUCCAGCUCUUAUAGGCUAUACUAUGAAUCGUGAACAUGUGUAUGCCACAGAAUCUGAUCGUGAUGUCUUUUUUAAGGAAAUGAGAAAAGCAACUGAUCGAUGUAUGCAUGUUUCUGAAUCGCUCAGUAGAAACAGCAAGACCAAUGAUGCACCUUUGCAAGCAGCGAUGGGGACGUAUAAAACGGAAGAGCAGCGAGACGAGAAGUUCGGCUUAGAGAGGACAUGUAAAGCUGGUAAGAUCGAUAUUAUGAUCGCUUUGGAUUCAAGCGGUUCUGUUUUCAACGUAUUCGAGGAUGAGCGGAAGUUAGCACACGACUUGAUUGAUUCUUUGGUACCAGUGACACUGAAAGAUGGACGUAUUCAGGUAUCUGUGAUGCGUUUUGCAUCUUCUGCCGAGGUGGUAAUCCCUUUUAAAAUUAGUCGAACUCCUAAUGAAAUUAUGGAAAAACUGGAUAAAAUUAAAUUCACUGGUGGCAGUACAAGAAUAGCGAAGGCUGUUGACUUGGCUCUGACAGAUUUAUCUCGUUGGCGGAGAAAUGAUGCGAUUCAGAUAUUCAUUUUGAUAUCGGAUGGAAAUGGGCAUGAACUUUGGCAUGUGGCGCAAACGGCUGGUAGAAAGCUGCAGAACGCAAAUAUCGAGGUCUUUGCUGUGCCCGUAAGUCAAGACCAUAACUUGAACGAGCUAAUCCUCUAUACAGGUGAUGCAAAGCGAGUAUAUGUAGGGGCGAAGCAAAGUCAAUUUGUUCACACCAUUUCUUCUUUAAUUAAUAAAUGUGUGCGCGCAGAAUUUUCUCGACCUCACGUAACAAACGUCACUGAGCCAAGAUUAAACGUAUUCGAAAGUGUUUCUACUACUAUCGUGAAAUCGAAGACACAAAUAACUCGAAGUAUGACUGAAAUGAAUGGAGAAACUGAACAGGAACUAUCAAAGAAACCGGUAACAAAGGUGGAACCAUCCGGCAAGGGCAAUCUAAAUUUGGAAGCCUUUGUAAAUUCAUUGGAUGAUUUGAGCUCCCCAAUUGAGAUUCCCAAUAUUCGCGGACAGUUAAUGUUUAAAGCUGAUGGUACUCCACUGCUAUCAGAUAAUAAACAGAAUGCAAAAUUGAGCAAGAACCUCAAAAGUGAACUAAUCAUGAAUGAAGCUGUAGAAAAGCAAACUGCAGCAAACAUUACUACCAAGAUCUCUCCACCAGUUUCUUAUUUGGAUCUUCUUUUCGCUAUUGAUCUCUCGCCAUAUUUUCCCGCUAAUUUGAAAAAUCAGUUGAAAUUAGUAACGGAAUUGGUUAACAAAGUAACCGACGAAGAUAUCAAUGAAGAACGGAUCCGAAUAGGCGUUGUAACUUUCACCCAAGAAGCACGAUUAGAUCUAGAAUGGGGCAAAGCGACAACCAAACCACAAGUUUUACAGCACUUCGAGUCCAUCGAAUAUGUAGCCAGUAAUUCUUCUGCAGUGACUGGAAUCACACUUGCAACUCAGUAUGCUCAGAAAUCUCGACGAUCAAAUGCUCGGCUAAUAAUUAUUCUGGUCUCCGAUGGUAGCAGUCAAGAUCUGUGGCAUUCUGUCGUACAAGCUGCAAAGAAGUUACAUGAAUUGCCAGAAACAAUUAUCUAUGCAGUAACGACCAGUAAGCAGUAUAAGUUUGCCGAGCUGGAAGCUUUUACGAAAGAUAAAUGGAAGGUUUACGUGGACGGACGUGUUAGACGAUUCAUUACUGACGCAAGCAAACACCUAAUGAAAAAGGAGGGAGAUGAAAAUGAUGAGAUCAUCGAUGCCGGAUUUUCGCCAAUUAUCGAAUCUAUCAAGGCUCAUAAUGAUCCCGUUGACCUUAUCAUUUUGGUGGACACAUCAACUCCAGCAGACCAAGAUUUCGAGGUUUCGAAAAAGUUCCUGGCAGAGUUGCUUCGAAGCUUACAAGUCAUUGACUUCCAAUCACGAGUUCGAAUAUCGCUUACAACGUUCACCGAUAAUGCUCACAUCGAAAUUGAGCUGAGAAAGCCAACAGCGAAGGAAAAUAUAUUAUAUGCUGUGGGAAAACUACAAAAUGAAUACAGCAAUGCAUCCGUAUCCGCAGCUGUAGAUGUCGCGUUAGCACAAAUAAGCGUUCCCGGUGAAGGUCCUCGACAGCGUAUUUUUGUGAUUCUCACAGAUGGUAGUACGCAAGACUCCAUGCAAACUAUCACUACAGCUGCUGCUAAACUUAGACAAACGGACGCAGAAGUGUAUGUUGUGCCGAUCACAGAAAACUAUUCGAAGGAUGAACUUUCGUUGUAUGUUGGUGACCAGGGUAUACUCAUAACUCAUCCCAAAGCUUACAAAAAGAAAUUCGCAAAUUAUGCACCUUUGAAUGACAACAAUACAGUGGUAAAGGAUUUUGUAGAAAUAGCGAGAAUGGAUGAGCCUUUUACUCAAAUUAUUGUCACGACACUUUUCAAUGAUCAGUCUCAUGUAACAAACAAACCAGACAUGAUAGUGAAAUCAAUUGCGGAAAAUGAAACACGCCAUCCGCUCUUUGACUUCGAUCUCUCUUCUGCAGAAAUCAAAUCGAAGGCUCAAAUACAAGAUCCUAACUGUCUGGUUGAUCUAAUAUUUAUUGUGGACACGUCGCAGAGCGUCGAGAAAACCUUCCAGAAACAGUUGCAAUUUGCCGUUACAUUGAUAAAACAAAUUCCGCCAUCAGCUUUCAAUAAUCGCAUUCGAGUUGCUGCAAUAUCAUUCAGUUCUGAGGCACAGAUCAAUUUUCAAUUUAAUGAAUUUAAUAACCGGACAGAGAUAUUAAACGCUUUGCUUUCUCUCACACAUUCUGGUGGAAACACGUCUUCAGUGAGUGGUAUUAAUUUGGCUAUCAAAGAAAUUCUGGAAAGAGGAAGAGAAGACGUCAGAAGAAUGAUCGUGCUUAUGUCGGAUGGUAAUAGCCAGGAUUGCUGGGAGGAUCUUUUAGAUGCUUCGGAUCGUCUUCAUGCUACUAAUACCAUUGUCUAUGCAAUUGCUGCUAAUCCCGAUUACUAUUUCAGGGAAUUAGAAGCAUACACAAGAAGUAAAUGGCUGGUAUAUGUGGAUGGUCGUGAAGGACGGUUCCUGAACGACGCUACAAUAUCACUGCUUAAAUGCCAGGAUCCCUCUACGCCAAUCUUCUCACUGCCUCCACGAAUAAAUGCGGAGGUCCUAACAGUAUUGUCUACCGAUGCGGACAAAAAGUUGGUAGAGGAAAAAGAACUGAUAAGGCGGAAAUCCUCAAUAGCAUCAAUAAGUGGAUCCUCGUGCAAAGACGACUUUGUGGAUUUAUUAUUUAUUAUCGACACUUCCACUAACACUGAAAAUGACUUCAAUUGUCAAAAGGCUUCUGCAAUGGAUCUCAUCAAAAUGAUCCCGCUAGAAGAUUUUUUGGGUCGACUGGCAGUAGCAGUAGUGAAGUUUAGCGAAACGGGGAAAGUGCACUCCGGAUUUAAAAAAAAGCAGACACCAGAGGACAUACUGUAUGAUUUGGAACGCUUAAAACAAAUUGAAGGCAAAACUUCAUUAGCUGCAGGUGUGGAGGCAGCACUGCUCGAAAUAGCUUCAAAUCAAAGACCUUCGGCUCGAUUGGUUAUCGUUAUCUUUUCCAGCGGUAACAACCGAGAUACACGGCAGCUUGCUCAGAGCGCAGCUUUGAAAUUGCGCGAGACAGGUGGAGACAUUUAUGCGGUGACCUUGUCCAAAGAAUAUGAAUUGACGGAAUACACAGGAAAUGCAGCAAAGGUAUACAUCGGUAACAGAGCGAAUAAUUUUACGAAGGAUGUUAGUAAUGUGAUCUUGAAUUGUAAAGUGAACAGAAAACUACCGGUAAAGCAUGUAUCAGUCGGAAGAUUAGAUGUCAGUUCGCUGACAGGAAGGGCUAUUUCAAAUGAAAUGAAGCAAGGAAAUAGUAGUAAUGAGGGAGGAAAGAAGCAAGUGAAUAGAAGACGGGGAUUCACUGCUCCUCUGGAUGAUAAAUCUGUGGAAUCAGCACUUGUCGCGAAGUCACUAGAAUCAAACAGAUGUAAAUAUUCGAAGAUGGACUUGGAAAUAAUUCUGGACGCAUCUGCUAGUCGUCAGCAAGUUUUCGAACAUCAGCGUGAAUUGGCUCUCUCACUUAUUGAGCGCCUACCGAUCGAUGCUGGUGAAACUCAUGUCGCGGUGGGUAUAAACUCAUUCACUUCUGUACCAACAUUACGUCAAACACUUGGUUUGGGUAGGGACAAACAGAUGGUGCGCCAUGCAAUUGAGGACAUUAAAUACAUCGGUGGAAGUACUUUUACUGCCCAAGCCGUAGAAUUAUCGGUACAGGAUUUGGAGCGCGGAAGGAGACCGGAUGCCAUACAGGUUGUUGUAUUAAUGAAUGAUGGAAUGUCGCAGGAUCCAUGGGAGAAGGUACUUGAAGCAAGUCAGCUUCUGAAAGCAACGGGUGCAAAACUUUUUGGUGUAGCUCUUGGAGAGAGUAUCGACUUGCGCGAGUUGAAACAUUAUAUCGGUAGUACGGAUCGCAUUUACAGGGAUAAUUCUACCGAAAGGUUCUUGGCAGAUGUAGUCUCAUUGCUCACCGGUGGGGAAGACUGUGGCAUACCAGCUUCUGUAAGUCUGGAAAAUACGAAGACGCCUUCGGCUGACUUCAAUAGUCAAAUCUGCAGCACUCCCAAUCUGGAUAUUAUUGUACUCUUUGACAAUACCAUUAAAAAAGCCAAUCUAAGUGAGCAGUCCAUCUCCUCCAAUCGCUACCUUCUACUAGAUGUACUUGGUUCGCUACCAGUAACAAAACGUAGCGGUCCAGUGAAAAUCUCCGUGAUAACUUUCAACAGUCAACCGCAGUUGGUCGUUAGCAUGAGUGAUCUGCAGGACAGGGAUAGCAUCUUUACCAAAGUGGAAUCAAUCAAGCCCGAAGCUGGCAAACCAUCUUAUGCUAAGGCUGUUAAUUUUGCUAUUCAGGAAUAUAACAAAAGACAUAGAGAGGACGCCCGUGGUAUGCUCGUCAUUGUGGGUGACGGAAGAUCUGAAGAUAAUUCCAAUGAACGUGAUAGUGCUAUUGAGCAUUUGCGCUCCGCGGUAGAUCUUAGCAAAUAUGCAGUGGACAGUGGUAAGUUGGUGGAUGUGGAGGUACUGUCGAAGUAUACAGGCUCAUCAAAUAAUGUGUUCAACUACGAUCGCAAUGCUGAAUUUGCCAGAGUUAUACUCAAUGCUGUUGAAGCUGCUAAUAAGGCUCGAUGUGUUCGGAUGUCAUCACAUGACAUUCAGUUUCCUACAGUAACCAUUGACGCCAACGCCCGUAGCACUUCUGAACGCAGAAAGUUGAGUGGAAAACGAAAAAAAGGCAUUGCUAGCAAAUCAGACCAGAAUUUGAAACGGUUCGAUAGUAAAAAGGUUGUUACCAAGGAAGAAACGACUGCUGUGGCGGGCGCUCGAAUUCCACGGCCAUCAGCGAAGUCUGUAAAUAGGCAGAAGAUUGCAAAGGAAAAGUCCGUCCUGGCAGUAAGCAAAGCGGAGAAACAGAAUGAAGCACUGUUGAAUGGGGAAAAUCUGAAAGACAAACAGCUGAAAGAAAUACCAGGAAGUUCACGAAGUUCUAAACUGAGCACUAUUCAAAUAAUCCCAAGUUCCAAUUUCCAUCGUCAACCUACAAGCACCACUUUCUCGCCAAACACUGCUACUAUCUUCUCACCUGGUUGCGAAAUUGACGUUAUUAUGCUCAUUGACUCAUCAGGCUCUGUGGAGAAAACAUUCAGUCGUGAAAAGGAGCUUGCUGCAGAGAUGAUAAAUCGACUUCGGAUAGGCCCAAAAAACGCACGUGUUGCGAUCGUUAAGUUUGCAGCGAAGGAGAAAGUAAAAACAAUCUGGUCAUUUGAUAAACCGCAAGAGCAGCAAAAAGUGCUACAGGCACUUCAGGAAAUUCCCUUCAGCAGUGGGACUACAGCGAUACAUGCUGCACUCUUACAGGCAGUUACAGAAUAUUCAGCAGCGAAAGGUGCAAGACCAAAACUAGCAACACCUUUUGUAAUUGUAUUUACCGAUGGUUUCGGACAAAAAGACACUAUGGAAGCAGCUACUUUGUUAAGGAAUCUAAUCCCCAGUAUAUUCGCUGUUGCCAUUAGCAGACAACACCCAGUUAAUGAAGAAGAAUUAAUAAAAAUCGCUGGUUCAAAGGACCGAGUGUUCAUAGAUAAUGAUAUCAGAAAGUUGUUUGAGAUGCUAGAAAAGAUUACUAGGACAUGUUGA